UCUUUUUCUGUUUUGCAGUUGCAAGUGGCACGUGCAUAUAUGAGGGAGUUUUUAUUUUUGCUCCCUCUUGGUUGAAAGGGGAAAAGCAGCCCACGUUGGAGGGAAGAAGCCAGGGCUUAAAUAUGUUGAACUUGGGCUCUCUCAAAGCUGGGCAGGAAACCUGGGACUGAAAGGAGAGGUUUGCAGUGGACCCAGAGCCUGGCAAGCCUGGCUGGGCGGUGCAUGCUCUUUCCCAGGCACCCUCUGAGUCCUCUAGGCUGGCAGUUUUUUGUUUAAAAGAGCCUGAGAUCUGAGAGUAGCUGCUCUCAGAUUCCAGCAAGGGCCAUUGCCUUCAGCCUAACGUCGGCCAGGGGCUGUGUCUGGGCAGAGCCGGGCAUUCACAGGAAGUACCUUGGACUUUCACAGGAGCACGGGACCAGAAGAGAUCUCCUGGGCCAGCCUCUGACCAUCACACGGAACUGCUUCAGGCUCUAAACCUCAUGCCAUGGCGGACAACGAACUGAGUGCCAAGCUCUCUAAAAAGGGAAGUUUACCGCCUGGGAGUUCCCCGGGGGAUGCCACUGAGCCCAGCAUUCUUCUGCAGAAGCUGAAGAGCACCAUCUCCAAAAUGGUGCAGAACAAAGUCGAUAGCAUUCUGCAAGAUGUGCAGAAAUUUUCGGACAACGACAAACUCUACCUGUACCUGCAGUUACCAUCUGGUCCGAGCUCCGGGGAGAAAAGCAGCCUGGACCUGAAUUCGCUGAACACUGCAGAGCACAUGCACGCAUGCAACUGGAUCCGGAACCACCUGGAGGAGCACACAGACACCUGCCUGCCCAAGCAGGAUGUGUACGAUGCAUACAAGCGCUACUGUGAUAACCUUUGCUGCCGCCCUCUGAGUGCAGCCAACUUUGGGAAGAUCAUUCGGGAGAUCUUCCCACACAUCAAAGCCAGGAGAUUGGGAGGACGCGGACAAUCAAAGUAUUGCUACAGUGGGAUCCGGAGGAAGACAGUGGUCAGCAUGCCACCUCUGCCCAGCCUGGACCUCAAAGUGACAGAGACUCAGUUGGAGCGGAUGGACCUGGUGCACUCGUGCAACGACGCGGUGAUGGACGCAGCCUGUGCCCUGACCUGCGACUGGGCCGAGAAGAUCCUCAAGCGGUCAUUCAACAACAUCGUGGAGGUGGCGCAGUUCCUCAUUCAGCAGCACCUCAUCAGCUCACGCUCUGCCAAGGCCGACCUUGUCAUGGCCAUGGUGGUCUCAGAAAGCUCAGAUAAUAUCCACAAAGAAAAUCAGACCCCCCAGACAUCCAAGAAGAAUGAGCUGGAAACACCAGACAGCACAGUCAAGAACCAGCUACAGAGCAAAAAGGAGAGUAACUCGAAAGCCUCUGCCCUGCCCCGAGCUGAAAAGAAGAAGCCCCCUGAGGCUCCCAAGCAGGUGAGAAGACCUCAAGUCAAUGCCUUGGUAGCUCGCCUGCCCCUUCUCCUGCCACGCAUCGAGCCCGGGGACAGAGUGAUGGCACCAGGGGCCCAGGCUGUACGCUCUUCCCCUCCUGUCCUGGCACCCAAGAUUACUGCUGCACCCGUCGGGGGUGCAGUCAAGGUGGCCACCCUGCCGCUGCCUGUGGGCACAGCCUCCUCCUCGCUUCCCAUUAGUAUGGCACCGGGUGUGAAUGGGGCAGCUGGGUUGGUCAGCCAGCAGGCGGCGGUGCCUGUGAUCAACAUGAUCCUGCCCAAUGUGCCACCUACAGUGGGCAUCCCGGCUGCUGAAAUCCCUGCCAACCCUAAGAGCACAACCAAUGGUGACGGGCACAGUCCCAGGAAGACCAGUGAUGGGCAGGCUUGCAGCCUGCAAGAGGCUACCAGAAUCAAGGGGAUCAAGCGGCCCCCAGAACCGCCCAGCGAAGGUGCCACCCUGAGGAGGAAGCGUGGACGGCCCCGGAAGAAGCCAGAUGAGGUGGAGGCCCCGUCGCCAGACAAAGGGAGCAGUGUGGAGGAGACACUGUCUGGCUCAGAGGAGGGGGCUGCUCCUGAGGAAACAGGUGGGAGCAAUGGCCUUGGCUUCAGGGCCAGCCAUAGCGAGACAGCACACACAGGGAGCUUGUUCAUCUCGGGUGGGAACAAAGGGUGGCCCAGGCCUCCUGCUGGAGAGACAGAAGGGCAUCACGUGGAAGACCAAUGUAAUGCCAAGGAGGGAGGCAGCCCGCCUGCUGCCAGCACCAGUGCCAACCACAUCAAGUGCAAGGGGGAGAAGGCCUCGGAGACCUCCCAAGUGAGCGUCAUCCAGGACGGCAGGUCGGGGGUUAAAGCCCAAGGGAAAGCUGGUGCCCAGGACACUGGGACAGAGGCUGAGCUGUGCAUACAGGUGAAUCCUGGUGAGGCUGGGCAGGCACCGGAAGGAGGUUCUUCAGUCACAGUAGCAGGAUCCUGGGACCCUUCAGCAGGAAAAGCUCCCUUCAACACUCCACUGGGAGAUGCCAAGCCGAAGAGUCUGGGGAAGAGCCCUACCUCAUCACUGCCGGUGCCCCCCUGUCACUCCCCUGGUAACAGCACUGUGCCUCUCAACACUAGGAGCCCUGUGGAGCUGCAGUUGGACAGGGCCAGGUCCCCCCUGGCCUUGGAGAGGGCUUCUGCAUGCUCAGACAGGGCAAGUAAGGACAGAGCAGUGACUAGCCAACAAAGGUCUCUGCUUCCCAUGGGCUCCAGAGCACACAGCCCACUGCAGACAGCCCCUGAGCUUGCUCCCUGCAAUGCAAAGUCCUCAGCCAGCCACACUUUAUCUGCACGUCGCUAGUCUCACAGCCACCAGACCUGUGACCCAAGUACAAGCGCCCCAUCCCAGCAGGCACCUCAUGGGGAGAAGGACACAGGAGCUUCACUCCUUCACCUGCCACUGCUGCUUUCCUCACUGCAGAUUAGCCCCAUCCACCUUCUGCUGCCCGGCUAUUAAAGAAACCCAAAGAAACCCA